AUGUUCCGGAAUCGAUGGGCCACGGGCCCCAAUCAAUAUACAAGCGACGUCUAUUCCGGACUGUAUCCCGGUCUUGCACUUGCUUCGCGCUUUUUGAGCGAAGACUGGCCUUUGCUAUGGUUCACAAAGCUAACGUUUGGCAGACGCAGCCCUAGCACAACUAAACCAGUUUCGACAUACCUCGCAGCUACAUCAAGCCAGACACUCGCUGCUGAAAUCGCCAAGGUCAAGGCAAACCUCGCAGAGCUCGGUGAAGUUAUCACGCUCACAUUCGCUCCCCGCAGAUGCAAGGAAAAAGCCUGGGGCGUGACAUACAAUACCAAGAAAGCCAUGCGUUUCCACGCCGAAUUCAGCGACACCGACCGCCCCAGGAUCAAACCCGAGUACUCAACAGACACGUACAGACGCCGUCACCUACUCCCCUGGAUCGUCAUGAACCCUUUUUUCAUGGACUACUUCCGCUCUAAAAUAUCAUCCUGCACCCCGACCGAAACCUACCGCGUGCACUUCCUCUUCGCCAUCACGCUCGUCCACGAGAUCACGCACGCGUAUUGGUUCUGGUUCAAUGAGAAAACGCCAGAGCCAGUCUGGCACGAGGGGGAAAGGAAUGCUGAGUUGGGAUUGUCCUGGGAGCGCGAAGUCAUCGGGCGCGUGGUUCAGCCCAUGCUGGGGUAUCAAGGAAUAGACGGCAUACGUACGCUCAUCUUGUCUGAAUUGCGCGAAUACACGAAUUCGAAAGACAGGAUGGAUGCAGUGAUUGAGCUGCAGGAUGCCACGAAGCUGAGCAAGACGUUGACGAGACACGAUGCGAAGCGCAAUUGGCCGCUUCUCAAACCCAGUGAUCUGCGUGGCAGCGAAUUGUUUCUCGAAAACUCUAGUCAGAAGUAUCUUGUGGGUAUUAAGUGCAUAAAUAUGGCUUGGGUGAGUGCGUGGUUCCAGGAAGACGAGUGGGUGAGGAGGAGGAGGGAUUGGGAUAGGCGUAAUAUGUAUUGGCCGCCGGCGGUGAGGGACGCGUUUUUGGUCGUCUAUGACCAGAACGGGACGACAGUGCAGAUUCUCAGAUCGCUGAAUGUGACGAGUGAGGGCGAUGCGAAGAUACACAAGGAGUUGCAGAAAGAAGAGAAGGAGUUGACUGCGAGGAAGAAGCAGCGGGAGAAGGAUAAGGAGGAUUUUCGCAAGGCGUUUGUGGAGAUGAAGCUCUAG